AGCGCCCGGCCGCCGGGGCUGGAGGCUGGGACUUCGCUCCGCAGCAUCGGAAAAGCAAACCCGAGCUCCAUCAGCCGCCGCACCGCCGCUCCGGGAGACGGAGCCCCAGCUACAAUGAGCGGCAGGGUCGGCGACCUGAGUCCCAAACAGAAGGAGGCACUGGUCAAGUUUCGGGAGAAUGUGCAGGAUGUGUUGCCUACUCUACCGAAUCCAGAUGACUAUUUUCUCCUGCGCUGGCUCCGAGCAAGAAGUUUUGACCUGCAGAAGUCCGAGGCCAUGCUACGGAAGCAUGUGGAGUUCCGAAAGCAAAAGGACAUUGAUAAUAUCAUUAGCUGGCAGCCUCCAGAGGUGAUCCAACAGUACUUAUCAGGGGGAAUGUGUGGCUAUGACCUGGAGGGCUGCCCGGUCUGGUACGAUAUCAUUGGGCCGCUGGAUGCCAAGGGUCUGCUGUUCUCAGCCACCAAGCAGGACCUGCUCAGGACUAAGAUGAGGGACUGCGAGCUGCUUCUGCAGGAGUGCUCCCGUCAGACCACAAAGUUGGGGAAGAAAAUAGAGACCAUCACAAUGAUUUAUGACUGUGAAGGUCUUGGCCUGAAGCAUCUCUGGAAGCCUGCAAUAGAAGCCUACGGAGAGUUUCUCUGCAUGUUUGAGGAAAAUUAUCCUGAAACAAUGAAGCGUCUUUUUGUUGUUAAAGCCCCUAAGCUGUUUCCUGUGGCCUAUAACCUCAUCAAACCCUUCCUGAGUGAGGACACUCGUAAGAAGAUCAUGGUUCUGGGAGCAAACUGGAAGGAGGUUUUAUUGAAACAUGUGAGCCCUGACCAGUUGCCUGUAGAAUAUGGAGGCACCAUGACUGACCCGGAUGGAAAUCCCAAGUGCAAAUCCAAGAUCAACUAUGGGGGUGACAUCCCCAAGAAAUAUUACGUGCGAGACCAGUUGAAACAGCAGUAUGAACACAGUGUGCAGAUCGCCCGCGGCUCCUCCCACCAAGUGGAGUACGAGAUUCUCUUCCCUGGAUGUGUCCUCAGGUGGCAGUUCAUGUCAGAGGGAGCAGAUGUUGGUUUUGGGAUUUUCCUGAAGACCAAGAUGGGGGAGCGGCAGCGGGCAGGGGAGAUGACAGAGGUGUUGCCCAACCAGAGGUAUAACUCCCAUAUGGUCCCCGAGGAUGGAACCCUUACCUGCAGCGAUCCUGGCAUCUAUGUCCUGCGGUUUGAUAACACCUACAGCUUCAUUCAUGCCAAGAAGGUCAGUUUCACUGUGGAGGUCCUGCUUCCAGACAAAGCCUCAGAAGAGAAGAUGAAUCAGCUGGGGGCAGAAACCUCAAAAUAAUGCCUUCUUCUCCAGCGGAUCUGGC